AUGAAACCACGAAAUAUUGCCGAUAAGGAUGACUUGCGCAUAGGUGUUGCGGCCCCAUUUGGCUGGCGCUACGGUCCCGGCGAUACAAUCAUUGGAACCGUCGGUAGAAAAUCGCCCAUUGUCUCACCCAGCGUCACACUCAAAGUAUGGCUGACCGGAUUAAUGAAAGUCAAAAUCUUGCGAGAAGGGACCAGCCAGCCCGACAGCGAUCACGAAGCCUAUAUCAACAAUUGGAAUCUGCUGGAUUCAAAAGAACAGGUGAUUUUCAGAGGGCCUCUGCACCAUCUUUAUGGUUUAGGAGAUCCCCUCAGUUGGCCUUUCUCUGUGACUAUUCCUACUAAGCCCAGAGAAUUUAUCACGCAGGGACAUCAGCCCCACGAAAGCUUUGUGCCUUUUGGCCAGGACCACUCUGCCUGCAAUAUCCUACCGGGCUCUUUACGCACAUCCACUGGCAAUGCGUCCAAGUCAGAGGCCCUGAUUGAAUAUCGGGUUCAUGCUCGGUUUUAUUAUGAACAGGAAGGCACUCAAACGGCUCUCUACGCGACUAUGCCUAUUACCCUGAAACACCACCCAGGGAACUUUGACAUACUCCAGGGCAUUUCAAAGGGAGGGCUCUCACGCCCUACUUAUAUACGAAGCCAGCGCCUACUACCGGACAUGGCAGAUAAAGAGCCUUCACUUCGAGAGAAGACUAGUAGUUUCUUCGGCUCCUCCAAGGCCCCUGUGUUCUGGUUUGAAGAUUCUAUUGAAUCGCCACCAGCCAUCCAACUCGACGAUCCCAUGAUUCUACCGAUUAUCUUGACUAUUUCAACAUUGAAGGGCGACGGCCGAACAAGCAAAAGCAUCGAAGACGUCCCGCAACGAAUCCAGAUCAAUUACGUCAAGAUUCCGGUGAAGAGUUCAACGAUAGUGAUUGCCGCAGGCAGCCUAAGCAGAAGUGUGCAUACGGAUCGACAUGACUUUGACGUGGAUUUCCACUUCGAAGAUGUCUUCAAACAACUCGAAAAUCCCUUGUUGCUUUCUUCGUCAAGCAAGGCCAACGAGUCUGUCAAUCUAGGAACUAUGUUCCAACUCGCCAUGCGCAGGAACGGUCUCUAUACGAAUGGAAAGCGAUGUUCUUGGACUGCCACACGUGAUCUUUUUUUCAGAUUGCUCUACUUUCAAUAUCAGACAUACGCAUCAGUUUGA